CACUUUUUACCGUAUCUGCUACAGGUUCUCCUCGGGUAACGCCAAGAACCAUGGAUUAAGAUUUACUUACAUGAAGACAUCUCAAAUUUACAUCUCUAUACAUUUACCAACCCGCGCAAAUCAGAAACUGCCGCGCGAAGAACGGGUAAAACAGCUAGUUGAAAAUAAAAUGCAAGAAUUCCUCUUGUAAUAAUAUUAUCCUAAUGGCCGGGAAUACGCUGAUAAUUGUGGGGUACAUGGAUUACCCUUAUUUACAAAUCUGAAGUGAAUUUGUGAAUUUCUGUAUGCUAUUCUGCCCCUGCUUACCCCUAUACACAGUCUGAUACUUUAUGUCAUACAAUUAUUUCCCUGUAUGGCUGCUGCUAAUGUCUGUGCUAUGACAUCAUAAUGGCCCUAUGUGCUGUGACAUCAUAAUGAUCCUAUGUGCUAUGUCAUCACAUUGGUCCCACACGGUAUGUUAUAAGCCAGUGCAGCACAGUAGGGGCUUAUUCUGUUGCCUGACCUCAGUAGAGCAGGAAGCGAUUGCUGAAGCUCAAUUACCGAGUAAUUAUCAGGUUCCAGUGUUGAGAAGCGCCCUUCGUGUAAGGAUAGCUACUUAUAUACAGGUUUUUUUGGAUCAGAAGUGAGGAGGCUUUAGACAUGGGUGGAGCUUUGCCGAUUAAGUUUCGCUGGCCGAUCCUCCGGGAUAAGGUCUCCAGAUACAACUUGGCUGACACAGUAACAGUCUCUCUGGUAAAGGGGGAUGGACAUCUUGGAAUGAGGCUGAUUCAGAAUGAUGAGAACUUCCUCGAGGUUUCCCACAUAGUACAGAAAGGACCACUCUUCAAUGUACUACAUAUAGGAGACGAAAUAAUAAAGUUCAACAACAAAAAAGUUCUGGGAUGGACCGUGAAGGAAUUCUGGGCUCUUGAGGGGAACACCAAGCCUGGAGAUAAGAUCAAGAUAUUAGUGUACCGCGGUCGCCCAGAAGGUUCAACUUUACGAGAAGAUGAUUCGUCAGAGGAAGGACCAGCACCAGCAGUUCAGCACGCCGCAUCUAGCAGAGGACCAGCAGAUAAUGCCACACCUGCUGUAUCACCAGUUCCUCAUCAUGCCGCAUCUGCAAUAUUACCAACAUCAGCAGUUCAGCGUGCCGCAUCUGCCAUAUUAUCAGCAGUUCAGAGAUCCGCAUCUGCCAUAGUCCCAUCACCAGUUCCUCAGAAUGGAGCAUCUGUCGUAGAUCCGGCGGAGAAUCAGAAUGGCGCAUCUGUCGUAGAUCCGGCAGAGAAUCAGUGUGGCGCAUCUGCCGUAGAUCCGGAAGAGUAUCAGAAUGGCGCAUCUGCCGUAGAUCCGGAAGAGAAUGAGAAUGGCGCAUCGGCCGUAGAUCCGGAAGAGUAUCUGAGUGGCGCAUCUGCCAGUAAGCGUAGUGUUAUCAUCUCACACGCAGAUAGGGUUGAAAUAUCACACGCAGCGCAUGUUAUAAUCUCGCACGCAGCUCGUGUAGAAAUCCUACAUGCAGAUAGUAUUGAGAUCGCCCACGCAGAUCACGUUGUUCUCCCACAGAGAGCCAGAGGAAAAAAGGUCAAGAAGAUCAGUUGGAUGGGCAGAUUUGUUAAAUUCGUGGAUGAAGCGAUCGCAGAUUUGAGUGACUGCUGCAGCGCACCAGGAUUACUGUGGUGCCUGUUGUAAAGCUGAAUGCAGCACAGCGUAAGUGUCAUGGCUCCUGGCACCGCUGCCAGCCACUUACCUCUCCGUGGCUGAGGAGGUCUCCAGAGCUCUGAUGACCUCCUGCUGCUUCCAUUCCAAUAAACUACUUCAACAUAGCCGUUCCAUCCCGCUAUACCAGAAUAGCCAGUUCCAGCCCGGUGACUAGCCGAUCCCAGACUGGCCUAUCAGCCUAGCCAAUAACAGCACGGCAUAGGUUUCCCAGAGGUUUCCCCCACAGGGGGUUUUACUCUGAGGAUGACUCUUCGUGAGUCACGAGACUUAAAUUACCAAAAGAUCCAAGUUGUAAAUAAAAUCUCUGAUCCCUUUUCCCUCUA